AUGACGAGUUUAAGUUCAAUCAAGGUAUCGGUGUUUGAAGGUAAAAACUUUGAACACUGGAGGUUAGAGAUGGAGAAUAUUUUCAUAUAUCAAGAGGUGUGGGAUAUUGUGAAAGAUGGUUAUGAUGAACCAACAGAAGGAGUUAUUUUUACAGCAGAACAACAAACUGCUUUAACAGCAAACAUGAAGAAUAACUCUAAAGCAACCUAUAUUCUUCAUCAGAGUAUUCAUGAGUCUCUCAUGGAUAGAGUUAUCUAUAUUAAAGAAGCUAAAGCAGCAUGGGAUGUUUUGGUAAAUUAUUACAAGGGUUCUGAAAAAGUUAAGAAGGUGAGAUUACAAACUUUGAAGCGUAAAUAUGAACCGUUACAGAUGGAAUCAUCAGAGACAAUAUCAGACUUCUUCUCAAAGACAUUGAAUCUUGUCAAUGAGAUGAAAGUUAAUGGUGACACCGUAGAAGACUCAUCUAUUGUGGAAAAGAUCUUAAGAAGCUUACCUGAGAAGUUUGAAGCAAAAGUAACUGCUACAGAGGAAUGUAGUACUGUUGCAACUAUGACUCUUAAUGGGUUAUUAGGUUCAUUACAGGCUUAUGAACAGAGGUUACUUUAA